AUGUCUACCAACGUGACGGCACCGCCGCUCGACGUCCCUGCGAGCUUCGGCCCGUUCUUCAUUGCCGUCAUCCUCGACGUUUUCCUCUACGGCAUCGUCUCCACUCAAGCGUUCCUGUAUUUCACCUCCUACAAAAACGACCCGCAGUGGAUGAAGGUCCUCGUCGGCAUAGUGGUCAUCAGUGACACCCUGAACUCUUGCUUCGACGUCAUAUCCGUGUACCAGCCGCUCGUCUUGCACUUCGGUGACUACCAGGCGGUGCUGGUGACACAGUGGGCAGAGUUCCACAGCGACCCUGCCAUCACGGCCAUCGUCGCCUUCCUCGUGCAGUCUUUCUUUGCGUGGCGCGUCAAGGUCCUCACGAAGAACAAGUGGAUCGUCGGCUUCAUCUACACCUGCGCGUUCAUCUCCCUCUUGGGAGGCAUCGGAACGUCGAUUGCUGUCACCAAAGUUCCUUACAUCCCCGACUUCCCCAAGUUCCAGUCCAUCGUCAACGUCUGGCUUCCGUCUGCCGUUGUUGCAGACAUCACGAUUACGGCCACCCUCGUGCUCCACCUCCGCAAGAGAAAGACCGGGAUGAAGUUCACCGACACACUCAUCAACAAGAUCACCCGCUUGACGAUCGAAACCGGUCUGCUCACCGCCCUGUGGGCGCUGACAGAUCUAAUCGUCUACCUCGUCGUCCCGACCGCGCUCCACCUCGUCUUCAACUUCACGCUCUCGAAGCUCUACUCGAUCUCCCUCCUCACCUCGCUCAUCACCCGCCACGGCGCGAUGGACGGCAGCACGGGCGACGACUCGCACGACGGCGCGCGCGCGAACCCGAUGCCCGGGCGCGUGAACAUGCUCCGCUCGAACGCGAGCGCACACCAGCCGCAGCAGAUCUUCAUCGACGUCGAGGCGCACGAGAUGGUCGAGGUCGACGACAUCAAGGGCCCGCAGUUCCUCGAGUCGGGGAAGAAGAGCGCGAACUCCGCCGCGUUGCACGCUUCGCGAAACACACGCACGUCGACGACCGAUCACUCGAUGGUCUGA